AUGGAUACCAACAUUCAACGCGCCUUGAACGACAAACUAUACGAUAAGCGCAAGGUCGGAGCACUUGAGUUAGAAAAAGUCAUACGAGAGUUUGUCGCGUCCAAGGACUACCAACGAGUUCACGAUAUUCUCGAGCAACUGUGCAAUGACUAUGCCUAUGCAGUCCACCAACCUCAUGCUCGAAAUGGGGGACUUAUUGGUCUCGCUGCGGCGGCGAUUGCUCUUGGCCCUGACCUCCCACGCUAUCUCGCCAAGAUAGUUCCGCCGGUGCUUGCCUGCUUCACUGAUCAAGACGCCCGUGUAAGAUACUACGCCUGUGAGGCAAUGUACAACAUCGCCAAGGUUGCAAAGGGCGAGAUUUUGGUCUAUUUUAAUAGCAUAUUUGAUCAACUCUGUCGGCUUGGGGCGGACUCUGAACUAUCGGUGAAGAAUGGCGCUGAAUUGCUGGACCGGCUUGUUAAAGAUAUUGUUUCGGAGUCGGCUGCUUCAUAUGUUUCGGUGCUCGAGGCACCGCCAGGAUUCGACGACGACGACAAGGCUAUUGUUGAAGAUCAGCAAGUGAAUCUACCUACUGCAUUCUCGCUGCCAAGAUUUAUACCUCUGCUGAAGGAGAGAAUAUGGGUCAUAAAUCCCUUUACUCGGCAAUUUCUUGUUGGCUGGAUAACUCUGUUGGAUUCUAUUCCCGACAUUGAGCUCGUCACGUACCUUCCUGACUUCCUGGGAGCUCUUCUCAAAUUUCUUGGAGAUCCGAACACAGAUGUGCAAACUGCAACGCAGUCUUGUCUUGACAAAUUUCUUAACGAGAUCAAACGAAUCUCGCGGGUGAAAAAAAGAAUUGUCGAGAGCAAAAAGUCGAGAGAGGGUGGCAAGCGAAAACGUCAAGAUUCCAUGGACACAGAAAGUCUUCGGCCAGACCUCGAAGAAGGUGACGAGAUUGAUUCCGAAGCCUUUGACGACGAUGAGGAGGAUAGCGCUGAGGAGGACUGGAUUCCAGGACAGGAUGUUGAAGUCAACUACAACAACAUAUUAGAGAUCCUUACGGCGACUCUGGAUUCUCCGCUAGAAGAAGACUGUCUUUUGGAAUCUCUUAGAUGGAUUGUGGAAUUUCUCGACAUUUGCCCGGAAGAAGUGCUACCUUUUACCCCUAAGAUCCUCGCUCACAUGCUUCCAGCCAUGGCUAGCACCAAAGAGACCAUUCAUCAGGCUGCUACCCGAGUAAAUACCUGUCUCAUGGAUUAUGUGGUCUCGCUUUCAGACGACUCUGGGAUAAAAUACCAGGGCAUUUCACAAGGUCAAUCUCAAUCCGCAACACCGCUCACUUUAGCUGUUGAUCGACAUGAUGAUUCCCAUAGCAAUCGAAUGUCGUUAUCGAGCGUUCGUGAGCAGGGCACUCAGAGCUCCGGCCAUGGUCUGGGUCGGUCAGCUUCGAUAUCCGGUGGAAUAUCUGCCAAUUCGCAACAGGCUGACCUUGAUUAUGCUGCUGCCGUAAACUCUCUCACCCUCUUGUUUCUGAAUGACCAUGAAGCAACAAGGGUCGCCGCAUUGACUUGGCUUAUCAUGCUCCACAGAAAAGCGCCUAGAAAGGUCUUGGCAUUUAACGAUGGGACAUUUCCCGCGUUGCUAAAAACACUCUCUGACCCAUCCGACGCUGUCGUCACGAAAGAUCUUCAGCUAUUGUCGCAGAUAUCCCGAAAUAGUGAAGAUGACUACUUCGCAAACUUCAUGGUCAAUUUAUUGCAGCUGUUUUCUACCGAUCGCAAACUUUUAGAGACGAGGGGAAACUUGAUCAUUCGGCAACUAUGCAUUAGCCUCAGCCCGGAGCGAAUAUAUCGCACUCUAGCUGAUUGCAUAGAGAAGGAGGAGGAUGUUGAAUUUGCUAGUAUCAUGGUGCAGAAUCUGAACAAUAAUCUUAUUACGGCCCCACAACUUGCAGAAGUACGGAAACGUCUGCGAAAUCUUGAAACCAAAGAUGGUCAAACAUUGUUUGUGGCAUUGUUCCGCUCUUGGUGUUACAAUGCCGUUGCCACGUUUUCGUUGUGCUUGCUGGCACAAGCUUACGAGCAGGCUUACAAUUUGCUUCAAAUAUUUGGUGAAUUAGACAUGACUGUGAACCUUCUAAUCCAGGUUGAUAAGCUAGUGCAGCUGAUUGAAUCCCCCGUAUUCACCUAUUUAAGACUGCAACUGCUAGAACCGGAGAAACAUCCAUACCUGUACAAGUGCAUGUACGGGAUACUUAUGUUGUUGCCACAAUCAUCAGCCUUCGCGGCCCUAAAAAAUAGACUCAACAGCGUCAGCUCAAUAGGGUACUUGACUGUAGCACCUCGGAGUGCGUCGACGCCAUCCGGCAGCUCCAACUACGAUCGGCCAAAUCGGCUCAAAGGUCGAGAUGACGGAGGUAUUAGAUGGGUCGAGCUUUUAGAAAAGUUUCGCAGUGUGCAAGAACGAGCAAGACGCGUACAACGGCACAAUCUCGAAGGGGAAGACGUCUCCACGGCAAGUCUUGGCGAGCUUCGUAUAACAGAUGGACCACUGGACUUGAAAAACAAUAAUCGAGCACCCCCUGCAGUGAUUUCUCCGGCGGCAUCUAAAGAACUUGCUCCAGCUCCUCCAGUCAAGAAAUCUGGCCUUGGGCGACAAUUUGGAAGAUUGGGUGGCGCAGUCUCGGGCAAGAACAAGAGAAAUUAG